UGUGUCGUUUCACAUCGAAUUAAUUUCUGAACAAAGUCAUAGAUUUCUGAACAAACCGUGCAAUUAAGAUGUGAUUCAUGCAAAGAACUCUCUUUUUCUCUCUCUCUUUUACAUUCGCUCUCAAAAGAAUUCUUACCGCGAAUGUGACGGAUACGUUCAUUACGAAUACGUCUUACUUCUGCGAUAUAUCAGCAGCGCGCACUUAAAAUGUCAUUUUCGUGACAGCAAAGGAGCGAAGAAACAAAACUUUCCUUUCGUACGCGUACAGCGUCGGUGCGACGAAGUUUGCGGCCGCAAGGAUGGCGCAAGGAUUCCACAUUCGAAAUCCUUAUCCCGUGCCGGAUGUUUCCCGUGAAGGAGCGUGGAUACCGCGCGGACCCGUGUUGGGAGAUAAAGUCUCGCCAUCGGACAGGGAAUGGCGCGUCAAUCUGAGCGCUCACGAGCGUCUCUUUGCUCAUCACACCCUAAACAGCGUUCGCAGAGAUCGUCGACUCGUCAGAACGCAGGUACCAUACGACGCUCUCGAUCUAGCGCUUACCAGUGUUUACGCUCACAGCCGAGACACUUUGAUACCGAAAAGAUUUGUGCCCGUACAGCCGGAAACUCUCGGCAGAGAAACUUGGCGAGUUUUAAGAAACGAGAUUAAGAUUUUGCCGGAACUACCGAAACCGGACAGACCGAUGCACGUGAGCGGUCAUCCGGAUGAGGAACUACCGAAACCGGCGACGAUACCUUUAUCGGCGGAUAAAUCUAGGUGUCAUAGCGGGCCAACUUUGCCGCGGAGAAUUCAUCCGAGCAACGUGAAAUUAAAUAUCGAGGGUCCUCAUAUGGACCAAUCGAAUCCCGGAUACAGUCGCAAAAUCGACGGAACUUUUUACAGUAUUUAAACACGGAUUUGGACGGUGUUUGAGCGGCACGCUUGAAGAGAACGUUUCGGAUUAAGCUGAAACCUGCAAUUCGCCGAAUGAAGCUCCCGCUUUUACAAAUACCAUUAUCGCUAUUGGCAUAAUCUCGCGGAGAUUUGCGCUUUCGCGAGCGUCCCAUUGCACAUAUUGAGAGAAGCGGCAAAUCGUCAACGCGAUCGUAAUGUAGGCGCGCAAAAUUUCAUUCGUAUUAUAAGAUCUGUCACGAAGACACGACGCGAUAUAUAUAUCC